CAGUCCACAAGACAGCACCCAAGUUUUAAAUGCUCAAAAAAAAAAGGGUGAAGAUCUCCCAACUGGAGAAUCAAUGACCUCCUCCCUCAGUUCACGUGGUUCAAAUGAUAUGAAUGCUCAGACAUCUCAGCAGUACUCUUCCAAUAUUGAAAAUGACAGUGAAAGCACAUCACUUCCAAUAUCAUGUAGUGAGAAUUUAGUAAAGCAAGCUCCCUGCCCUCCAAAAAAAACUAGAAUCAGAGAAAGUAAUGUUUUCAAGGUUUUAAAUGCAAAAGAGAAAGAAGAUGGAGAUUCUGCAUGUUCCAAAAACAUGAGUAACGCCAUAACUAACAGUAUGAGUAAGGAAAAGGGUUUAUUGCAUCAGCAAAGUCCCUCUAUCAAGACAACAUUACUCCUUACUGCUUCAGAUAAAUCUGCCGAAUCAGCAACUCCUGAGAACAGCACUUGUACGCCAGAGUUACUGGACAGCAGAGGAAGGAAUAAGAAGUAUACUGAAAGUGAAGUUAUAGAUGACACCAGAAAGACGACUGUGGAACCUGCUCAAGCUGUUGCUGUCCAGCCAAAAGAUGGCAGCAGGGUGGGGCAUAUCAUUGACAAGAAUAAGAAAAGAUCUAAGCAUAGUGCAAACCAGGACGAAGAUGUGCUGUGCUCCUCUCAACCCCCUGGGUGUGCAGAUUCUCAGUUUAACAGUUCCGUUCCAAGUGAUGAGCCACCUUCACAUCCCAAACAAAACAUUGUGUCACAGAAGAAACAAAAAGCUGUUCAGAUGACUAAGAUGGAAAAUCCGGGCGAGAAGAUGGAGCUGUUGAAUACUGCUAAUGUUAGUUCCACAGCCUGUAAAAAGAUUCCACAAAAAUCAAACCUUAAAAAAAUUCCUUCCAUUAAGUCAUCAAAGGCAUUGUCAACACAGCAGGGUAAAUCAAGACAAGUUGGACAACCUUCUAAAUCUAAACAACUGCAAAAUUCAUCACCUAGAUCAGAAACCUUUUCCUUUGAGCCCCCUCCUAAGAAAAGGGGUCGUCCAAAAAUGGCCAGGUUGGAAGAGAAUCCUCAGGAAAGUAAGUCUCAGAAGUCCUCUUCUAAAUUCCCCAUACUUGAAUAUGCAAAUGUCCCUGAUCCAGAGAAUGGCCUGAAACUCCCAAAGCCAGCUCCCAAAACAAUAGGUCAACCCAAAUGUAACACCUCUGUCCAGAAAAAGAGAUCUAAAUCACUAGACUCAGCAUCAGGGAAGAGGGGAGCUGUAGGAAAACUCAAACCCUCCUUGUCUAAAGCUAGAGAUGCUCAGAUCAGCCGCAAACGAAACAGGUUGAUAAUGAAGACAGUAAUCACAAAUAUCAAUAGGAUGAGGGUGAAGAAGAAGGAUAAGGUACUCACACAGUUCCUUUCAGGGCAAAGCCAAAGUAACAAAUCAGAUUUUGCUCAGAAAGACAAUGAAGGUGAUGCUGAUUGUUCAGUUUCAGAUGGAACACACUCUUUAACCUCACUUGUUACCUCUUUUGGGGGAAAACUUGGUCCACAAAUUAAUAUCAGCAAACGUGGGACUAUCUACAUAGGAAAAAGGAGAGGUCGUAAACCUAAAGCUCAAAGAAAAACUUCUGAUCAAGACUCUGAACAAGUUCUGGGUCAAAAGUCUCAGCAAGUCUUGACAGAGUCUUCUAAUCAGUUGAACUCUUGGUCCACCUCUGGUGAACAUAGUCAUUCAUUUGAUGGCCAGUCUCCUUUGUGCAGCUCUCCCUAUUCAUUUAAACAUAUUGAGUCCCCUUCGCCCACUCUUAGUUCUUUCCGAAGAAAGCUUCAUCUUGGCAACCGUGAAUAUGAUCAACAUUCUGCUCCAAAUGUAACCAGUUCCCAAAAGGUUAAAGCAAUGCACGAAGAGAAAUCGAAACCUCCUUCCUCCUCGCAAUCUGCACCACGCCCUUCAGCCACAUCCCAGUUAGGCUCGGUAAGGAUUCAAGACCGCAGAACUACACACCUUGGACGAUCAGUAUUGAUGGAGAAAGAAAGACUCAAAUACAAGUGCCAUAGAAAAGGUCAUAAUUGCUUCAGCCAUGAUAAGAUUAGGGGACAUAAACACAAAUGUAAGAAGAAGUAUCUUCAACUCAGGGCUAAAAGGCAAGACCCAGCCUUCCUGGCAGAAAUUGAGGAGUUAGUGGUCAGAUUUAGUGAGAUUCGUAUUGUGCAUCAUAUCUCAUCACGAGGGUGUGGGGAUGAAGCAAAAUCUGGAAGGAAGAGUGGGAAAGGGAAAGCUCAUCCUCACGUUCUUCAGUGUCUACCACAAAACCUUCAUCAUCCAACCAUGUUUCAAAUCAACUUCAGUGGUUACUACUCCCCUCAGUCAGAAUAUUCUCGUGACUCUCUGCAUUAUGUCGGAAUGGCAGAUUUUAAGAGGAACAAUGGGUGUCCCUCUCAACCAGGUGAACAUAUUGUCACACAUUGCCCGGUAGUGCACAAACUUGGCUUUCCACUGUCAGGAGGCAGUUGUUACCAUCCACCAUACAAAAUGCCACUCUCUAACAAUUCAUUUGGUUUUGGACUUUAUAGGGGAUACCCUCCAUCUGCAACUAUAUACCCUUCGUCGCCCUUUAUACCCUCUUAUGUGCACCCCUACUCCAAAAAUCCCAUUUUAAGCCCAUCAAAGUUCCAUAAAAAGAAGCACAAGUUUCUGAGACGUGACUCUCUACUAUGUGGCGGGAAGCCACAGGGGACGUACGCUAAUGUAACAUCUCAUUCCCCUAGUGACUGGUUCAGUAGAAAUAGCUGGCAAAGAGAAGACAACAGAGAGCAGGCAAGAGAUAAAAGGUUUGUGGAUGAUAGGCUUAGAGAAAGAGAAGGAAUAGAGGGUUUACUAGGGCAAAGUAAGCUCAGAAAAGACCAUUUCAGAAGGGGUACACCCUCAAAUCCCCCCUGCUGUUCCUCAACACCCUCAAAACAAGCAGACAAACACAAAUCUUCACCACUUUCUUAUAUAGGACCUUCACAUCUGAGACCGGUAUCAAAAGUUAGGUGGGCAGAGCAUCAGCAGCCAUGGAGGUGGAGAGAGAGCACUCAGGUAGAGCCUGGGAACAGGGUUUUAAACCAAGGAGCUGGGUCGAGGUACCAGGAGGAUGAUGAUGAAGGUGAUGAAGACCUACCAUCACCUCCCCUAGCAGACAGAGCCAUCCACCAUCAUUCUUUCCUGAGGAACCCCAAUCUUGCUAGUAGCGCGUACAGUGGAAUGACAGCUCAAAGGAGGAUUGGUGAAGUUCAGUCUGCUUCAAGGAACUUAAUGAGACCUGGAAGCUCAUUGAUGAACGAUUGCUCAGCUGGAGGUAUAAGAACAUCAGAGAGCUUCCAGCCUGGUGGUUCACUCUUCUCUGAGCACUUCUCUGCCAGUCCCUCUCUUAAUGAACGUCAAGAGAGAGGAGGAAGAGAGAAAAGACCCAACACCAGCAAAACACACUUUCAGAGCAACGAUAUCAGGCUUUUUUCCUCGUGUACCACCUCCAAAAUCAGCCUUUCUCAUUUAAAUUAUUCAAAAAAUACGACGCCGAACAAACGUAAACUGAAACAUGUCAAAAAGCCUCUCAAGAAAAAGACUCCCAGAGGUCAAGAGGUCACAGGAAGUGAGGUGAAGAGAAGAGGACGAGGUCGACCAAGAAAAAACCCUGCACCGUGCUUCUCUCCACCUUUACCUGCUACACCUUUACAUCAUGAAGCCACAGAGUCUCCUGCGAACCGUAAAAAAGGGGAAAGAGAUGACUACACAGUACUCAAUGCAAUUGAGUCCAUGGCUCAACAUGAGAAAAAGAAAAGAAGGAAAGAAAGAGAUAAAACGAGGAGCGGUGGAGCGCAGGUAGAUGAAGUAGAAGACACAGGUCUGAGCCAAGAGCCCUCACAGUCACACAUCAACACAUCCUCACCUUCCCAGGCUCCAUCAGUGUCUGUAAACAGCCAAUCAGAGAAGAGGUCUGAAAAGAAAUAUGAGUGGGCGGGGCUUUACUCUGAUGUGUAUAAAAGCGAGAACCCCACGAGUCUGUCCUCUCCAGUACACACAGACUGCCUUGACUAUGAUUCUGAAAAACAUGAGCAUGGUCUACUUCCUGCACCUAUACACGUAGGAAAGUAUCUGAGGCUGAAACGGAUUGACUUUCAGUUGCCCUAUGACAUAUAUCGACUCUGUGCAAAGGAAAAGCGUCCUAAAAAGUCACGAAAGACCCCACGAAAGAUGGCCCCAUCCAAUGGAUCUGUUGAUGUAAUGUCUCGCACUCAGACCGAAGACGGUUCCUGUGAACAUCAGAAGCUCAGUGUGACACAUGACUGCGUUUCUGACAGCCUUAAUAGUAAUGUCAGCCCUAGACCUAAUACAGAAGAGAUUGGAAAAGAAAUUAGUGAAACAGACAUUGAAAAUAAUCUUCCCAAUCAACCUGACCCUCCCAAACAGCAGGAGAACGGCAAUGAUGCUGAAAAUAUCCCCUCCCCUCUCCUGAUGAUGCCCUUGUCUUGUGAGGAGAGGAGCUUCGUCUUGGAACAUGGCAUUUUUCUGGUGAGAAACUAUGAGAAAAUGAGAGACAGACAGGCAUUGCUCCUGAGGGAGGAGGUGACAGAGCGAGAGGAAGAAAACAAAGAAGAUAGAGGGAACAGCCAGAAGGGGGAUCAGAAAGGGGAUCUCGAAGACACCAGCACUAAGUCAGGUCCAGCAGUGUGUAUAGCUGUAAAAUACCAGUGCCUGGCUCACUCGAGCCCACAGUCUGAAAACAGAGAGGGAGACGAGGAGGGGAGAAGUGUACAGAGCAAAAACCUCACGCAAACACUCCAGGGGAUCUAUGACGUCAUUGUCAGUCAUAAGGGGUCAUCUGGACAAACCCUCGCCGCUCCUCUGCUGAACCUGUGCUCCAGAAAGAGAUCAGGCUCGGCUCCUGUCGAUCUCAGUACGCUGCUGAGGCAGCUCCUCUCAGGCCACUAUGAGAGUCUGGACAGCUUUCAUUCAGACAUGCUGAAGGUGUUCCACUGCGCCGAGGUUAAAACAGCACUCCUGGAAAUGCCAUUUGUGAGCAUGGACACGGCUGAUGCUUGACAACAUGAUUAGUUGAAAGCAGCUCAGCCUUUCUUUCUCUCAGGGAAAAGAAAGUCAAGUGAGGGAACAUGAGAUAUAAU